UCUUCCUUAUUUUAACUUUCACCACUAGGGAGACCAGGUGAAUCACUAAAAAAAAAAAAAAGUAUUUAAUGUAAGUUGUAGCUUGCGGGUAUAAAUACUUAAACGAAAGUACGCCUCACGAUGUUUACACGUGCGAAACCACACUGGGCUCAAGUUCUUGCAUGUGAAGUUGAGAAUUUAAUUGUUUAAUUUCGAGCGUAAUUCAGUCUAAAACUUGAUCUAAAGUUUCAGUUUUCUUCGUUAUUGAUAUUGAAAUAAUUUUGUUAUCGCUUAAAACCGCAAAUGAAAGCCUGACUGUGUGUUUGAUAAACGUAAACUCCAUUUUGCACAGUGACAAUAAAUCAAGACGUAUUUUAUUGACCGAACAUCAUUUGCAUUUUGUUUGAAUGAGAAAUGUGAUGUACUCAGAAUUCUUUUGUCGUUAAAAUAUUUCAUGAAUUGAGCAGUACCGCAGAUUAGAAGCUACAGCAAGUCUUUCAUUUUAAUAACUAACUAGAGACGGUUUUUUCCUUUUUUUUGGUAAUUGUAUUUAUUUCCACAAUUUUUGGAAAAACAGAAAUAUUUGUAGACAUCUUUAAAAUGUUGUUAAGUAGCACUAUAUGUCUUCCUUUUUUCAUUCAUGUCGAGGAAAUGUGAUCUCUGUUUUUUUUUUAAGAUGACUUUGAUAACCCUUAAUAUUCGCGGGCGGAUGAAUUUAAAUACAAUGGGCUAGAUAAUCUUGGAAUAAAUGUGAAGAAACUUGACACUCUUCACUCAACUUGAGCUUGUAUUUACGCGAAAAACUUUUGUCAGUCGAGCAGGACUGAUUUUGUCACCGAAGCUUACAUCGAUUAAGGCAGUUAUUCCGUCAAGAGGAAGCUUAAUAUCCAUAUACUGAGCAAUUCAGGCAGCUCAGCUCCUACAGAGCCUAUUGAACAAUUGUUACGUUCACCGUCAAACCAUCACAAUAAAUUGUUUAUCGUGUUCAUCCAUCCGGCCUGCGAUUGAAACAAGCUCGUGUGUGAAUUAGCAAACUUCAAUACAUCUAGUCCCCGGCAGGAAAGCUGUCCUGUUUGGAAAACAUUUUAUUCUGAGCUCUUCUUUGCAUAUUCUUUAGAUGUGGUGGGUUCUUCAUGUUGUCGCACUGUGACGUAUUCAUGGAGCCAUGUGUAGCUGUGUCUCUGUUAUCGUCAUGUUAGGAUCAUUGGUAGAAUUAAUGUCAUGGCACCUAUGUGAUAGGGGCCCGGUUCAACGGACUAUGAACCAAUAUCCAACCAAUCAGCGACAAGCACUAAUGAUCAACAGUGACAUCAGCAAUUUGAAAACGAGUGCAAUAAGAAAAUGGCAUCCUGGAAAUAAAGUUCGUGAGCAUUGUAAACAAAAUCACGAGACUCUUGAUCAAUGGGUCGAGGAUCAUGCAAGAAAAGAUUUUAACAUUUUCGAGUUUCUGCCAGGAUUUCGAGUAAUUUCAAAUUUACUUAUGGAUGGAUCAAGAACAUUUUUGAACGGAGCAAAGUUUGCAUCUCGUCUUCACUUGGAGAACUUAUUAUUAAAUCUUCUGCUUCUAUUCUUCAUCAACGUAUUACUAAAAAGGAACAUUAUUUCUUUGAAAUUACAUGUCAUAACAACAGCGAUUCUUCAUUGGGAAAAUGCCCAAGCAACUCUCUCACCUACGUCGUCAUAUACACUUUCAUCAAGUGCGCACAUCAUGAAAUCCUCGCCGCAAGCUGACAACUCUCCUUCAAGAACGUCCAACGCUUCAAAUGAAAAAUCUGAUGGAACAAGUCAAUUGACUCCAAUCACUUCCGCUGUCACGAAAUCAACAAAGUUAGCGCAUUUACAAGGAAUUUGUGAUGAAGAUUGGAUUCACGAGGGAGAUUUGUGUUACGGAAUUGUUGAAGAACCAAGACAGUUUAAUCACGCUGAAAGAUUCUGCGAGAUGAACUCUGCUCAUUUGCUAUCAAUAGCAAACAAAGAAGAAAAUGAUAUGAUUUUUGAUUUAGUUAAGGAAAUUUUAGGUCCACCUGGUAAAAUAUGGCUGGGGAUGGAAAGGCUAUCUUCUGAUUCAAAACUCCAUUGGAUUGAUAAAACACCAAUCACUUAUGAUAACUGGGCGCCUGGAGAACCCGAUAACAAUGGCGCAUGCGUGCAAAUGAUUCACAAAGGAUGGUGGGAAGAUGUUUCAUGUGUGCAACGGCUUCCGUCCAUCUGUAAAAAAGGUAGCAAAGAGAGCCUGCCUUACUCCAGAGCGACAGAACUUGGGAUCCUGAUUGGCAUUCCCCUCACGUGCUCUGCUAUCAUGUUAUCAGUGGUAGGCGUGCUCCUCGUAAGAAGUAUUUACGACUCAGAAGGAACUUAUUAUGGAUACGGCAAAAAUCGCAACAAGGACAAAUUACACUCCUGCCUAGUCACCAUGACAACGAGCAUUGCGCAUGUCUCAACUAUGGGAUAUAAUGACGAGAGACGAUUCAGUGAGGCUAGUAUAAGGUCAAAUCGCUCUGCACAAUCUUCACACUCGGAUGCUGAUCAUCAUUCUUCUGAUCAUUCUCGGGGUAAUUCCAUCGUGGAAGCUCCGGAAAUAAAAAUUACCCCAGAGACACCUGAAGCAGAAAGAAGAUUUGAGGCCAGAGUAUUUGCAUCUUCAAGCACGAGUAUUGAUCAAGAAAGGUUUCAAUCAACCACAAGCUUGGAGAAUCUGUUGUCUAAAAAGUAUAUCAAGCCUAAAACUCGCCGAUUGCGUUCAUUGCGUAAAUCAGAGGCGGUUGUCUCACCCGCCGGGCAUGACGGGAAAUAUACAAAGAAAGAGGACCAAUUUGAGUUCUACGAAAUCUAGCUCUUAUUUGAAAACAAAUUUUGCGUACAAACGUUCGAAUCAGUGACUCAUGGACGAGAGCAUCUUGAUGUUAAAAGUACUUUUUUGUCAUUUUCGAAUUAAUUGCCUCUUCCGCUUUGCAUAAGGCUGAUAGUUUCUAAAGAAACCGUUCGGGGCUGCGUCGGUGGGGGUAACGAAAUAAUUUGGAUAUAUCA